AUGGAGGCGAAGGAGGCGAUGGAGGCGAUGGAGGCGAUGGAGGCGAAGGAGGAAAAGGAGGCGGUGGAGGCGAUGGAGGCGGUGGAGGCGGUGGAGGCGAUGGAGGCGAAGGAGGCGGUGGAGGCGAUGGAGGCGAUGGAGGCGAUGGAGGCGGUGGAGGCGGUGGAGGCGGUGGAGGCGGUGGAGGCGGUGGAGGCGAAGGAGGCGGUGGAGGCGAUGGAGGCGGUGGAGGCGAUGGAGGCGGUGGAGGCGAUGGACGCGAAGGAGGCGGUGGAGGCGAUGGAGGCGAUGGAGGCGAUGGAGGCGAAGGAGGCGAAGGAGGCGAUGGAGGCGUGGAGGCGGUGGAGGCGGUUGAGGCGAUGGAGGCGAAGGAGGCGGUGGAGGCGAUGGAGGCGAUGGAGGCGAUGGAGGCGGUGGAGGCGGUGGAGGCGAUGGAGGCGAAGGAGGCGGUGGGAGGCGAUGGAGGCGGUGGAGGCGGUGGAGGCGGUGGAGGCGAUGGAGGCGAUGGAGGCGGUGGAGGCGGUGGAGGCGAAGGAGGCGAUGGAGGCGGUGGAGGCGGUGGAGGCGGUUGAGGCGGCGGUGGAGGCGGUUGAGGCGAUGGAGGCGAAGGAGGCGAUGGAGGCGAUGGAGGCGGUGGAGGCGGUGGAGGCGCUGGAGGCGGUGGAGGCGGUGGAGGCGAUGGAGGCGGUGGAGGCGAUGGAGGCGAUGGAGGCGGUGGAGGCGGUGGAGGCGAAGGAGGCGAAGGAGGCGAUGGAGGCGAUGGAGGCGACGGAGGCGACGGAGGCGGCGGAGGCGACGGAGGCGACGGAGGCGGUGGAGGCGGUGGAGGCGAAGGAGGGGAAGGAGGCAAUGGAGGCGGUGGAGGCGAUGGAGGCGGUGGAGGCGGUGGAGGCGGUUGAGGCGAUGGAGGCGAUGGAGGCGAAGGAGGCGAUGGAGGCGACGGAGGCGACGGAGGCGACGGAGGCGACGGAGGCGACGGAGGCGAUGGAGGCGAAGGAGGCGAUGGAGGCGGUGGAGGCGAUGGAGGCGAUGGAGGCGGUGGAGGCGGUGGAGGCGGUGGAGGCGGUGGAGGCGGUGGAGGCGAUGGAGGCGAUGGAGGCGAAGGAGGCGAUGGAGGCGUGGAGGCGGUGGAGGCGCCCCGGCAAACCGGGCACGUUUUUUAUCAGCCCGGGUGCCGCGUUGCCGGGCACAGGAGGCAGAGUACAGAGGCCAGGGGUGAGAGGAGGGGGGGUGAUCAUGGCGAGCGCGAUUUGUUUAUAUCUCGCCGGCGAGCACGCCACGCAGAACUUGCGGCGACGACCCGGAUCGCGUGGGGGGGGACGAUGGGCGGGACGUGGGGUGUGGGGGGCAAGGGAGAGAGUGGUCGACGAGAGAUUAGGGAGGCCGCAGCAGGCCCAAACAGGGGCGCAGCCGAGCGGGGGAGAGGAUGGAGCAUAG